CAGCUUUCAGAUUUACCUAGAUACAACAAGGUGUCUUCAUCAUUCAGUGAUAACUUUAAGAACAGUGCGGACCUAUUUAGGACUUCAGUUGCCCCGUUAAGUAUUACAUCUCUUUCUGUGAAGAAUUUGUUUUUGUCGCUAACUUUAUUUUAACCUUACAAAAGCACAUAUGCCACCCAUUGCUUGCAAUGAUUUUUUUCACGGGACCUAGGAUAUUUCUGAUAAUUCACAGCAGCGAUGUGUUUUCAUAAUAUGCAGCUACAGCCGUAGAGUGCAAGAAAAAUUUGUUCACUCACCUGGGCUUGGAAUUAAGGAUCUGACUCUUGAAUCUUCCUGAGUAUGGCAAACUUUUGCCGGAAAUAUUUCAGCUGUUGCUUGCCUUGUAUCUUAAAGGAAAAGGAAGACAAUUACAAACCAGAUCAAAGCACUGUUUUAAAUAAUAUACAUACUGUCGAUUCCAAUGAUAGACGUAUAUCUGCCGGCAUUCCGAGUGGAAUUGCAACUGUAAUGAUACACCCACAAAUCAACAAAGAAUUAUAUGUGGCUUUAUAUGACUACAAGGCUGGCACAAAUGAGGAGUUAAGCUUUAAUCUUGGGGACCAAUUGCAGAUUUUGGACUUUACACAUGAAAGCUGGUGGAGAGCUAGGGCCUUGAUUCCUCGUGGAAAAACAGAGGGAUACAUCCCAGCCAACUAUGUUGCUCCUGUCUCCAGCAUUGAAGCCAAACCGUGGUUCUUCUGUACAAUAAAAAGGUCGGAGGCUGAGAAGCAGCUCAUCCUACCAGGAAACAAAGCUGGAUCUUUUCUCAUCAGAGAAAGUGAGAGCCAAAGGGGAGAUUAUUCUCUUUCUGUCUAUGAUGGCAGUGCUGUCAAACACUACAGAAUUAGAAAGCUUGAUAAUGGAGGAUUUUAUAUAGCAGCACGGAAAAAGUUCCAGGAUUUAGAGGAACUUGUGCAACAUUACAGAAAGUCAGAUGAUGGUCUCUGCUGCAGGAUCACAAGCCCAUGUAAAAAGACAGAAAUACCUUUGCCACCAGAUUUGUGUUAUAAUACUGCAGAUCAUUGGGAAAUUGACCGAAACUCUUUGAAGUUCCUGAAGAAACUGGGGCAAGGUCAAUUUGGUGAAGUUUGGGAAGGACUGUGGAAUAACACCAUAUCAGUGGCCAUUAAAACUUUAAAACCUGGAUCAAUGAAUCCACAGGACUUCUUAAGAGAAGCACAGCUUAUGAAGAACCUAAGGCAUCCAAAACUGAUUCAGCUGUACGCAGUGUGUAGUUUAGAGGAUCCUAUGUAUAUUAUUACUGAGCUCAUGAGACAUGGAAGUCUGCUUUCAUACAUAAAAAAUGAUAAUGGUACAAUGAUUAGAGUACCCCAACAGGUGGACAUGGCUGCUCAAGUGGCAUCAGGAAUGGCAUAUCUAGAAACACAAAACUUCAUCCACAGAGAUUUAGCUGCACGGAAUGUACUUGUUGGAGAACACAGUGUUUACAAAGUAGCAGAUUUUGGACUUGCCAGAGUUUUUGAGGAUGAUGAUAAUGUUUAUGAGCCAAAAAAUGAUACUAAGCUUCCUCUAAAAUGGACAGCACCAGAAGCAAUCCGGUACAACAAAUUCACAGUCAAAUCCGAUGUCUGGUCAUUUGGCAUUCUACUGUUUGAAAUAAUGACAUAUGGAAAAAUGCCAUACUCUGGUUGGAAUGGAAGGCAGACACUGGAGAAACUUGAGGAAGGGUACAGGAUUCCUAAACCAUUCAAUUGUCCACCAGACCUUUACAACAUUAUGUUAGAGUGUUGGAAUGUCAAGCCAGAGAACCGACCAACUUUUGAAACACUACAAUGGAGACUUGAAGAUUUUUUUGAAAAUGAAUCGACAUCUUACCUGGAUGCAAAUACAUUUUCAAACUGA